AUGGAGCACAAGUCAUUUUUCAGUUACCCCAUUACCCAACCCUUUCCCUUUCGAUGGUUCACCCCAGUUGCUGUCAUAGGCGGUAUCGUGUUCAUCGCGCUCUUCACUUUGAUGAACUUUGCCUCGAGUAGCUAUGAACUCAUCGUCCAGAACUCACUGGAUCCAAAUGCUACUGUUUCUAGGCGUGGCUUGCUGCAUCGCUACCCAUCUUUUCUGACCACUAAAGUGCAACCCAAAUGCCAGCCUGCCACGUUACCAGUAAACAGCGAUUUCUUCACCAACAAUACCGCUCUAACCUACACGUUGACAAGCGUCUGGGAGAGAGGAAAAGAUGGCCAGCGGGUCAUUUCGCCCGCUCUCACAUAUCACGGAAACAUCCUGCAGGACUGCUCUGUCCACUCUGUGGAAAUCGACUUUGAUUCUUUAGACAGGGCCGGAAAACAGAUUGGUUUUUGCGAAUGGGGCGCUGUGCUGCGGUCGUACAUAUCGUGCAAGAUCGACACCCCGGCCGGAGAAGUCUUCUUCAACAUGACGCAGACUUAUGACUAUGUUCCUGAUACCACUUCCUUCGAUAGUCUCGGCAAGUUUCUUGGUACCGGGUUCCUUGGUCGUAACAAGACAACGCAAGCUAGCCUCUGGUGGGGCGAAUCCCUGAUGUCUACAUUCUGGGGAGAAGUCACGCUGAUGCUCCAGGACCAGCGGGGGGCUUACAAAGACGACGAUGACAAAAUAGAACUCAACAAGGGCACUGUUUCUUUCAUGAUCAAUGAUACGAACCCUAAUAUUGAAGACUUGCGCUUUUUCAGCCUCGAUUAUCGUUUCUACGGUAGCAGAAUCAACGAGGUAGCCUGCUGUCCCGGCUUACCGCUUCCCUUAACGGCAAAGGUCCUAGAUGAGAGCGACACCUAUCCGAACAUAUGGAUAAAAGCAGACUCGCUGGCAAAAGCGGCGUAUUCGACAAUACUCGUUGAUCUCGGCCAGGAAGCAGCCCCCAAAUCCAAUAUCCUCACCGACACCAAGUUGCUGACGCGCUACACGGCCAACUUCUCCACAGCGCGCAUGGCAAAUCUGAGAUCAGGUCCUGCGAACGACAGUUACAGCGCAUUAAAGAAAACGACGGGCCAUUUAGGUAUCACGCCUUCUGUCAUCGCUACGACGUACAUCUGUCAGGUCCCGCGGCUCAAGCCAGCGGGGAAUCUCAUCGUUGCUAUCAUCGUAGCUGAUCUUGUGCUGCUUCAAGCUGUAUGGCAACUCUACAAGCUUUCCACUGAAUUCUAUCUCGGUAAGAAGCAUCGGGAUUCGGCUCCGUGUGAGAGAUGCUCUGGCGUUGGACAGGUAGAUGAUCCCGUGCUGCCAUCUAUGCCGAGCCAGGAUAGUGGGUUGGAGUAUUUUCCGCUGGUGAACACGCCGGCUCAGAGCGAUGGUCUGUUGACAGGGAGUAGAGUUUAG